AUGGGGAAGCUGAUCUCCAAAGGCCAACGCAAAAGAGAUGCUCGAGUUGUCAUGCUGGGGCUCGACUUCGCUGGCAAAUCCACCCUUCUCUACAAACUGAAGAGCGGCCGGGCUGUGGAGACCUGCCCAACGGUGGGCUUCAAUGUGGAGUCUCUGCAAACGCCCUGUCGCAUAUCCUUCACCCUCUGGGAUGUCGGCGGACAAGGCAGCCUGCGGGCAAGCUGGCCUGACUACCUGGAGGACACCAAGACCCUCAUCUUUGUGCUCGACAGCACAGACACGGCCCGGCUGCCUGAAGCAGCGGCGGCACUGGAGGAAGCACUGAGCCACCCCAGCAUGGCCGGCGUCCCCGUCCUCCUCCUGGCCAACAAGCAGGAGGUGCCGGGAGCACUGGCUCCCACCGAGCUGGGGGAGAGGCUUGCGCGGGGGCAGCUGGUGGGGCGCCGCUGGGUGCUCCAGGGGUGCAGCGCCCACACCGGAGAAGGCCUGCAGGAAGCCCUGGCCAUCCUGGGAGAGCUGCUGCGGGCCAAAAGGAGAUGUUUGGAACAGCAAGCAGUUUCCCUUUUGUUUCCUUUUUGA